UGACGCAGUCAAAACCGGAGCGGAAGUGUGGGCGGAUCAAGGCUAUGCAGACUUACAUAGCAAAAUGGCUGCGACCAUGAGCAACGUGGAAGAAAUUCGGAGUCGAGUAAUACUGGGGGAAUUUAAUGUGAAGAAUGUUCAUUCAUCAAAUUUCCCUGGCAACUACCCUGGCUAUGAUGACACAUGGGAUAUGCAGAAAUUUCAAAAGAACUUCAGAAUUGACGUAGUGCAUCUGGAUGAGAGCAGUAUGGAGUUUGACAUGGUGGGGAUCGAUGCAGCCAUCGCCAACGCCUUCAGAAGGAUCUUACUAGCAGAGGUGCCCACCAUGGCAAUAGAGAAGGUGUUUAUCUAUAACAACACAUCCAUCGUCCAGGAUGAAGUCCUGGCCCACAGAUUGGGCCUCGUCCCCAUCAGAGCUGACCCUCGCCUGUUUGAGUACAGGAACACUGUUGAAGAGGCUUCAGAGGAAGAAGGGUCAGAAAUAGACACAAUUCAACUGCAGCUGAAGAUUAAAUGCAGCAGGAACCCCAGAGCCAGCAAAGACUCGUCUGACCCACGAGAGCUGUAUCUGAACCACAUGGUUUAUUCCAGGGACAUAAAGUGGGUCCCCAUUGGGAACCAGGCAGACGUGUUUGCAGACGCCGUCAUCGGACCAGUACACGAUGACAUCCUGAUAGCUCAGCUCAGGCCAGGACACGAGCUGGACAUUAUCAUGCACUGUGUCAAAGGACUUGGUAAGGACCAUGCUAAGUUCUCUCCGGUGGCCACAGCCAGCUACCGCCUCCUCCCAGAGAUCACCCUGCUGGAGCCCGUGGAGGGAGAGAAGGCCGAGCGCCUAAAACGCUGCUUCUCACGAGGAGUUAUAGACAUAGAAGAUGUUAAUGGGAAAAAGGUUGCCAAAGUAGUGAACAGUCGCUUGGAUACAUGCAGCAGGGAAGUCCUCCGACACGAUGACCUGAAGAAUGUGGUGAAGAUCGGAAGACUGCGAGACCAUUUCAUCUUUACUGUGGAGUCGACUGGCAUCCUGGCUCCAGAUGUUCUGGUCACAGAGGCCAUCAAAGUCCUCAUGACCAAGUGUCAGAGGUUUCUCAAUGAACUGGACUCUACUGACAUAGAGUGACGUGACGACUGAGCAUGCUCAGAACCACCACAGAGGAUCUGAUGAUGACAUAUUCCACAGUAUGGUUGAUACUGUGCUCCCAAUGGCUCUGUUGAAACUUAUAAAACCUAAACUGGAUUUUUUAAGAAGCAGAUUUUGUCAUGGUGGUCAGACUUGCUUGUAAGUAUGUAUAUACUGCUGUCUCUAGUAUUUUGUAUACCACUCUCGAUUGUCUUCAAAUAAACAUGCUGAAUCUGAUAAAAAACAUCACCAAUCAUAUCUACAUGUCCUGAUGUGGAGUCCAAUGGAAAUCUGCUCAUUAAAACAUAAUAGGAAGCACAUGCAGUAUUACAGGAUGACCAGUUUAUAUAUUUUUGGAUAUAAAAUGAAUAGACUGCUUCAUUAUCAUAAGUU